CUCCUCCUCCUCCUUCUCGCCCCAUGGCGUGUAUGCACCAACCUGUCUGCCUCUGUGUCCACGUGUAGUCUCAACCUGCUGCUGUGUCUGUGUCUGUGUCUGUUUUAAUAAUGUCUGUAGUUAAAACGUGUCUAAGACUGUCGGUGCUGGCUGUAGUCUCCGUCCUGUCCGUGCUGCUGCUGCGGCACUGGAUGGCCACCAAGCAGUACGUCUUCAACAAGGAGGACGUCGCUAAACUGGCCAAACAGUACGCAGGACAGGACCAUGAGCAGGCCUUCUCCAAAGUGGUGGUGGAGCUCAGGAAGAGGUAUCCUGGCCACAUCCUGCCAGACGAGGACCUGCAGUGGGUGUUUGUGAACGCUGGAGGCUGGAUGGGCUCCAUGUGUCUCCUCCACGCCUCGCUCACUGAGUACCUGCUGCUGUUUGGGACCGCUGUGGACACGGGAGGACACUCAGGUCGUUACUGGGCCGAAAUAUCUGACACCAUCAUAUCUGGAACCUUCAGACAGUGGAAGGAAGGAACAACAAAGAGUGAAAUAUACUACCCUGGUGACACCAUUGUUCAUAGUGUAGGCGAGGCCACUUCGGUGCAGUGGAGCACCGGGACGUGGAUGGUGGAGUACGGCCGCGGUUUCAUCCCUUCCACGCUGGGAUUCGCCCUGGCAGACACCUUGUUCAGCACCCAGGACUUCCUCACAUUGUUCUACACCGUACGAGUCUAUGUGAAGGGCAUGCUGCUAGAGGCUGGUACGCUACUAACAGAGGCCGGAGUCUUCUGAGGCGUGCUCAAGUUCUUAACUUUUCAGAUGAAACAGCCUUAUUUUCAAACUGAUGCCAACAGCCAUCAACGACCAUAAAAGGGCGUCUGUGGGAGUGAAAUUAUACGACACAACUACUCCGACUGGAUUUCUUUUGGUUUAUUUACAGCAGCGUCAGUAGUAAUGUGGUCUCAUGGAUGAAUGGCAUGAAUUGCUGUACUUUAAAUGUUGAUGAGCAGAUGUGCAAUUUACUGUAAAGAUUUAAAAAAACUGACAGUGCCAGAGGGAAUAAAUGUUUUUGAAGGUAAA